AUGUCUCUGCAAACCUACAUUGACAAGAAAGUCUUGGUUAUCACAGCUGAUGGGCGGACUCUUGUCGGAACCCUUCUCUCCUGCGAUCAAGUCACCAACAUCGUCCUUAACGAAACCGUCGAGCGCAUCAUCCGACCAGCAGACGAUCCCGAACCUAGCUCGCAGGUCAGCCAUGGCUUGUACCUGGUGAGAGGCGACAACAUCACAAUUGUGGGGCUGGUGGAUGAAGAGUUAGACAAAAGCAUCGACUGGGACAAAGUCAGAGGCGAUGUCAUCGGGACAACAAAACAUGUGUGA